AUUGCAGUGAAAGAGAAGUUUAUCUCUCCACAACAAGAAGAGAGAGAGAAAAAAUUCAAAAAAAAGACAAGUUUCUUUCUUUUUGUCUCUUCCCUACUCCCAUCUAAGGCAAAUUUCCAUCUUUUCUCCACAAGCGGUUUUGAAAUUGCUUGUCAAAAUCCCCCUUUUUCAAAAAAAAAAAAUUUACAUAUCGGGUUCUCUCAAGCAUUCAAAAGGGUAUCCAAAUCCUGCGUCUUUUCUGCGAUUUCACGAGGGGUUUCAUAAUUUGGGUGAAUUAGGGUUAUGUGUUCAUGUGAUGUGAGGGAGAGGAAUCUGGAGAAAGAUGAAGACUGUUAGUGAGUUAGGUAUUGGGUUGAGCUUGGUGUUUGGUUGCCUUCUAUUAGCACUUGUUGCAGAGGUCUACUACCUUUUCAGAUGGAAGAAGAACAAGAAGAGCAAGAGAAUCAUGAGCCAAGAGAGUGAAGAAGAGAAAGAAGAAGAGCACAACAAUGGAUACGCAAAGGAUCUCAUUCAGCUGUUCUGCUUCAAAAAGCCGCAGUCUUUACACCCCAACAAUGGCGGCGGAGGAGAAACAGUGGGAAACCCGGAUGGGGAUUUCAGCGAAACACAGGAUUUAGAGCUUGGACUGAUGAAACACUUGGGUGGAGACGCAGGGUUUGAGGCAGAAUUCAUGAAGCUUCACAACCAGAGGUUCCUUUUCACGAUCAAAGAAGAGACCAAGGAAGAUAUGGAGUCUGCUGACGGAAAAUCAAGGAAAGGGUCAAGGUCAAGAACUAGGAGCCUGAGCGAUCUUCCCUUGGGAGUAAGCGAAUGUAAUACGCCUCGAUUCUUCACCCCUUUGGCAUCUCCGACAAUGAAGUCAUCCCCCUCGCCUUUGGAGUCAUACCCAAACCAUGGAUUCAACCCUCUCUUUGAAUCAGAAGGCGAGCUCGAGUUCAACAGGUUCUUCAGGCCAUCGUCCUCACCUCCACCGAAAUUCAAGUUCUUGAGAGAUGCGGAGGAGAAGCUGAGGAGGAGAUUGAUGGAGGAAGCAAAAGAGGAGAUUGGUGGGUCAGUCUCAGCAUCUCCAAAACCAGAGUCUCUGAUUGUGACAGAGGGCUCUUUCCUCAAAUUCAUGAACUCUGCUAUGAACAGGGAAGAACAGAAUCUCCAAGAAUCUCAUGAAACAACGUCAUCAUCUUCUUUACAGGUACAAAUCUUAGAACACUAGAACGGAAGACCACUGGUCGUUCAGUUUACAUUUCUUCUUCUUCUUCUUCUUUUCGGCUUUUUUCUCAAAGAAUCUCAACUAAUGAGAAGGGUUUGUCUAAAUUCUUUUUAUUUCUCAUGCUUGUUCAUUGAGAAUGAUUUCCUUUCUUUAUUAAUCUAGAAAGCUGCAGAAUCUCACCGUAA